CGCGGGCGCCUGGCGUUCCACGUCCCCUCGGCGGCCCAAGGACGGGAGAUCCCUCACCGAUCUCUGGCCGCCGAUGCAAGACCCGUCAGGUCUCGGUUCACACCCAGGGCGGGGAGGCAUUUUAGCCACCACCCUCCAGCUGGCCACCCUCCGGCCGGGAUCCAUCCUCCUUCUCGCAGCAUUCGCCCAUCCUGCCUCUUCCCUCCCCCCUUUCGUCCAGCCAUCCCCGCACAUACCACCAUGAUCCCCGCCCUCAACCGCCACCUCGUGAAUGGCACGCGCGCUGCCGCUCCGACCAUCGCCUCGCGGCUCAUGGCCGUCCGGACCAUGUCCUCGGCCUCCGACGCCCCGAACACCGGCGGCUUCCAGACGGUCACCAUCUUCGGGUCCGGGCUCAUGGGGUCCGGCAUCGCGCAGGUGGUCGCCGCCGCCGGGCUCAAGGUCAACCUGAUCGACACGCAGCCGGCCAGCCUGGAGCGCGCGCAGAAGAGCAUCACCUCCUCGGUGCAGCGCGUGGCCAAGCGCCAGCAUGCGGAAAACCCGGAGGCCGUGGCCUCGGCCGUGUCCGACAUCAUGUCCCGCAUCCACAUGUCCACCGAGCCGGACGCGGCCAUCCGUGAGGCGGACCUCAUCAUCGAGGCCAUCGCCGAGAAUCUGCCGGCCAAGCUGAGCCUCUUCCAGAAGGCCGACCAGCUGGCCCGGCCGGAUGCGGUCUUCGUGUCGAACACCUCCUCGCUGUCGAUUGCCGAGAUGUCGCAGGCCACUUCGGCCUCGCGCCGGGCGCACUUCGCCGGGCUGCACUUCUUCAACCCGGUCCCGGUCAUGGGCCUGGUGGAGGUCAUCCACACCGCCGACACGGAGCCCGCCACGCUGGACCGCCUGCGCACCCUCUGCAAGGCCAUCGGCAAGCGCCCGGUCAGCUGCCGUGACACCCCGGGCUUCAUCGUCAACCGCCUGCUCGUGCCGUACCUCUUUGAGGCGGUGCGCAUGCUGGAGCGCGGCGACGCCUCGGUUCCCGACAUCGACGCCAGCAUGAAGCUCGGUGCCGGCCACCCGAUGGGCCCCUUCCAGCUGGCUGACUAUGUUGGCCUGGACACCAUCAAGUUUGUUGUGGACGGCUGGUCCGCCAAGUACCCGGAUGUUGAGCUUUUCCGCCCGUCGGAGCUGCUGAACAGCCUCGUGGCUGCCGGCCACCUCGGUGUCAAGACCAACCAGGGCUUCUACAGCUACGAGAACGGCCAGCUUGUCAAGGGCAGCGAGUACAAGCUCUCCAAGUAAUGCCCCCACCCCCGGGGCGCCGACACACUACUCUGUUUCCUCUUCUCUCCUGUAUGUGCUGCCUGCCUCGCAGCAGUCACAAGGCAAUACACCACCCCGAGGUAGGCAUCUACGCCUGUGCGCCUCUCCCUCAAUCAACUAAA